UGAAAUAUCUAACCACCGCAGACGGCAAUUGUGUCUUACUAAUGAGAAAACAAAAUGCCACAUAAGGGGGACUGUGCGUUUACGUUUUGAGUUGUUGUUGAAGAGUCCAUCAUCUCAUCGUCGUCUUAAUGACAAACGGCAAGGGCAGUAAAGAGUUGCAAAGGAGUUGUCGAAAAUGUGAAACCUUUAUCGAGGAGUCCCUCACAGAGUUCACAUUGAAGAAGAGGCAAUGAUGGAUCGGAACAAGCGCAACUCCAUUGCCGGCUUCCCCUCCAUGAGGCCUGACCGUCUCGAUGACCUGGAUGGUGGAGGGGAAUGGGCCCCGUCUCAGGUGGGAAGAGUGUGCCCCUCGUCCUACCGUGCCCUCAUCAGUGCCUUCUCCUGCCUGACGCGCCUUGAUGACUUCAUUUGCGAGUGGAUCGGCUCUGGCUUCUUCUCAGAGGUCUACAGGGUGCAACACAGAGUGUCAGGCCAGGUGAUGGCUCUGAAGAUGAACAAACUGAGCAGUAAUCGAGCCAACAUGCUGAGAGAGGUCCAACUGAUGAACAGACUGUCCCAUCCUAAUAUCCUCCGGUUCAUGGGUGUGUGUGUUCAGGAAGGCCAGCUCCAUGCUCUGACUGAGUACAUCAAUGGUGGGAACCUGGAGCAGCUGUUGGACAGCAACAAGCCUCUGAGCUGGGCUACCAGGCUCAAGCUGGCCUGUGAGAUCGCCAAUGGACUGGGCUACCUGCACUCCAAAGGCAUCUUCCACCGGGACCUCACCUCCAAAAAUUGCCUGAUCAAGUCUGACGAAAACGGCUACACAGCAGUGGUUGGUGACUUUGGUCUUGCUGAGAAGAUUCCCAACCAGGAUGGUGAGGGGGAGAAGCUGGCGGUGGUGGGCUCUCCCUUCUGGAUGGCCCCCGAGGUGCUGAGAGAUGAACCCUACAAUGAGAAGGCGGAUGUGUUCUCCUACGGUAUUGUCCUCUGUGAGAUCAUCGCCCGAAUACAGGCCGACCCCGAUUACCUUCCUCGCACUGAAAACUUUGGCCUGGAUUAUCAUGCCUUCCAGCACAUGGUAGGAGACUGUCCUCAUGACUUCCUACAGCUGGCCUUCAACUGCUGCAACAUGGACCCCAAGCUGCGGCCCUCGUUCCCUGAGCUGGUCAAGAGACUGGAGGAGAUCCUGUGUCGGCUGAAGGCCGAGGAGUCUGGACGAGAGAGGAUCCCCCUCAGUGGGGAAAAUGACAAGAAGACCAUCCCCAAAGGUCCAGGUGAAAAGGUCCAGGGGAUUAAGAGGUUAAACUCGUUGGGUCUGCAGGACGACAAGAUCCCUCCCAAAUCACCGCGUCCUCGUCGCAACAUCUGGCUCUCCCGCAGCCAGUCAGACAUAUUUUCCCGCAAGCCAGGCAGAAAGGUCAAUGUCCACGACCCUUACUACAACCCAGGCCCCAGGGCCGCGCCAGGGGCCCGCAAGAUCAACCCCUUCAAUGCCCGUGAGGACCUGUGCGGAGGCAAGAUCAAGUUCUUUGACGUGCCCAGCAAGUCUGUGUUCUCUCUGAUGUUCGAUUUGCACUCUCUCCAGGACAGCGUGUUUUCCUCUGGGACCCAGACCCACUCUGGAGCCCCCGUCCACCCAGGCAUGUGGCAGGAGACCUGGUUCACCGGCAGGCAGUGCCGCUCUCUGCCUGCCUCCCCCCAGCUGGCCCUAUCGGAUGGCUCCUGCCCCCCGGCCUCCUGCCCCCUCUCUGCCAAGUGUGACCCGGCCCAGCGGUGCCAAGAGGUCAGGCAGAAGGUGCUCAGCGCUUGGGCCAGGAAAUAUGCUGUGAUGGAGAUCCCUCCUUACCAUGGAGGUCAAGAAACGGUAGAGGUAGAGAAAGGGGAGGAGAACAGAGUAGAUGAGAGCUGGUCUCCCUCUCCCAUGCCCAUGCCCAGUGACAAUGCAGAGGCUAUGGACUGCUCCAGCAGCCAAGGGAGCCCAGUGGAGGACAAGGACAAACACUUCUUCUGCCACAUGCAGGCCCAGAAUGGAGGCCCAGUGGAGGACAGUAGAGGCAUGGUGUCUAUGUGUGAGGAGAUGGAGGCUGAGGACCAGGAGGGCAUGCAGCAGCAGCAACAGACCUCAUGUCACACUGUCACCCUCAGCCCAACCACAAACGGAGGCCAUCUGAGUCCCAUCGUACUGGUGCCAUGUACGGCCCCACAUGCCACCACAGAACUGCCCUCUUAAGUGUGACAUCUAGGAAUAAAACGGGUCAUGGAGAAAGGCCGCUUUGAGAGAGACACUCCUCAGAGACACUCGGAUAGGAAUGAUGACGUGUGGUGACGAUUAUCUUAAUCAAUUCUUUGCAGAUAGAGAUUAUUUUUUCAAGAUUGUUUUUAUUUAAUAUACUGAAAAUGUGUUUUGUUUCUUAAAAAAGGCGUCCCUAAACCAGGGGUCUCCUAAUUCCUUGAGGUUCUUUGUGUGUAUGCUGGUUUUAAGUCACUGCCUUCUUGAUGUUCAAUGGUUUUAUUGUGAUUACAUUCUGCCCCAUAGGGAGAUGCAUGGGAGUACAUGUACAUGAUAUGAAAGUAACAAAUCUAACACUCUUAACAGGGAGAAAGGGUUGGGGUCUGAAUGAAAAAUGGCAACCAUUGAGAUCCCUGCCUUAAGAUUCAUUGUUACUGGUGGUAUUUUUGUACUGGACAAGUGUGCAUUUCAGAAGAAUGAGUCCAAACCAAGGUGUAGGGAAUAGAUCAUGACCAUUUUAAAGGGCUAUUUAUUGAGUGGUCUACCAGACUACUGAGGUCUCUUAUGGAGACUAAUAAAAAUGUACAUUACAGAGCACUUAAACAGUAAACUUACCAGUAAAACCGAAGUUUGUUUAUUGUACACCCCCACGAGCACUGGAAAUGUGAUCGUUUGUAUGUACCUUUAACAUUUUUAUAUGAUUUAAAAGUUUGGUAGGCCUAUAUGUUGGUGUGCACAUUCUAAGGAUUGUUUCUUUCAAAUGACCCUGCUUAUAGAAAUAUUUUGAUAGAUUCUGAAGACCAGUUUAUCACAUUUAGUUUUGUUUUCACUGGUAUGUCUGUCCUCAAUCAUGAAAAAUUAUAGCUCUAUGAAUAGAGAGGAAUGAUGUGAACACUUGUGGAAUUGAGUGUGGCUUGAAUGUGUGAUCCACCACACUUUUGUUAAAGUGGGUCCUAUUUUGGUCAGCACCUCUGGGUAUAAGCUGUGCAAGCAGCACUAGUUGGUGUGGAUGGCCCACUCGCUCAUGCUUUGGUUCACAACUCCCUUGGCACCUGUUUUGAUUUACUGAAAUACUCCAGUCAGUAACUACUUUAAUAGGAAAUUGCACUUGAAAGGGGAAAAAAAGUUACCUCUCUCUUGUUUAUCACUACAUUUCUAUGCAAUAAAUGUAAACUGCAUCAGGAUCGUUUUGCAUAGAGGAUCUAUUUUGAUAUUUAUAAAGGAAGAUCGAUGUUUACAUCUUAAUGUUUUGUAUGCAAUGUUAUUGAGAUGUUUGCCGAUUGUUAACUGUAAUUACUUAUUCCCCCCAGUCUUGGCAAAAAAGCUUGUUUUAAUACAAAUCUGGAUUGAAUUGUACCUUUAUUGUUGAAAGAACAUGCGUCCCCAAUCGCUUAAAAAUAAAUGUUUAACUUUU